ACGGGGCGGGCCGCCUCGAGGAAGUCUCUGUACAGCGGCCGGACAACCUUGCCUCGACACUCUUGCACUGGGUUUUUUUCCUCUCUCUCACUUCUUCUUUUCCUCCUCGGCGUCCGGCGCUUGGCAGGGGCUGUUCGUAUGCGCUGCCAGACAUCAGGGGACACGUCGAAAUGGAGACCUUCAGCUCCCGCAGCCUGGCCAUACAGGCCGAGAAGAAGAUCUUGAGCCGAAUGGCCACCAAAUCCAUGGCCAACAUGUUUAUCGACGACACGAGCAGUGAGAUCCUGGACGAGAUUUACCGGGUCUCCAAGGAGUAUACCCAAAACCGGGCCGAAUCUCAAAAGGUUAUCAAGAACCUCAUCAAAAUGACCGUCAAGAUCUCCGUCCUCUACCGCAACAACUGCUUCAGCGACGAGGAGCUGUGCUUGGCGGAAGAGUUCAAAAACAAACUCCACCAAGGGGCCAUGACCGCCAUCAGUUUCCACGAGGUGGACUUCACCUUCGAGAAGGCCGUCUUGGCCCGGCUGCUCCAAGAAUGUCGGGACUUGCUGCUCAAGCUGGUGGAGAAGCACCUGACGGCCAAAUCCCUCGGGCGCAUCCGUCACGUCUUUGACCAUUUUGCCGAUACGGAACUCCUGACCCAGCUGUACAGUCCCGGGGAACCCUACCAGCCUCGCUUGAAAAAGAUCUGUGACGGGUUGAACAAGCUCAUCGAUGAAGGGAAAUUGUGAAGUCGAGCGGGGACGGGAGACAGGAAAGAACGACUCGGGGAAAAUCACAUUGCGUAAAUCUUGCCACGAGAGAAAUUAGACCCAAACCUAACACCUGAUAAAGGGGGGAGCCGUUGUACCCAUCCAGAUGUUACAUUGUGACCCAGGUUACUAACUUGGCUGCGUGAAAGAUUUACAAAGUUCACGCCCCGGGGAAAGGCCGAGCGGACUUGUGACACAAUCUAGGCCCUUCCCUGUGAGCCAUCUCCUCUCUAUGCCCGCCCACCACGCGGAUUACUCCGGCCAGUAUGAAUACCGUUUCAUAGGGUACCCGUGUGGGUCUUCAGUAGAGCAGCUAAAUUUGAGCCCAGUAGCACCUUACGGACCGGCAAGAUUUGUCAGAGUGUGAGCUUUCAAGAGUCCAAACUCGCUUCACCAGAUCUCUGACGAGUCAAAAUGCCCUUUUGAUGAAGGAACCUUUGACUCCCAAACACUCGUACUCUGAAAAACCCUUGAUGGGUAGCUGUGGAAAACAGCAAGAGCCUAGUAGCACCUUCAAGAUUAAUCAGAUUUGUGUCAGGGGAGGAGCUUUCGCAAGUGACGGCUCACUUCACUGCUCACUGGGAGCCAGUUUGGUGUAGUGGAAGAACCGGGUUUGAUUCCCCAUUCCU